AAUCACAGCCUGUGAUUCACAGACCACCAUAUUCACAACACUGUAAAUGUCGCGCAUGACAUUGAAUUGGAAAUGUUUUGACAAAAAUCAGAAAAUUUGAAUAACCACUGGUUCUGUUAAAAACAUCCGUAUUUUGCCCCCAGUUUACAAAUAUGGCUCAACAAUCCAGAAGUAUAUGGGCAAUGAUAAUAAGAAACUUUAUCAAUUCCUUAAAACCGAGACAAAUAAGAGGAAACCAGGUAGGAUCAGACUAUUUUGGCAAUAAAUAUUAUGAAAUACCUGCAAAUCCUUCCAUUGGCAAAAGAAAGCCUAGUAGAUGGUUUGAACCACCCACAAAAGACGAUUUUAUGCAAGAAAUGCCUGCUGAAUGGGAGGCCUGGCUUAGGGUGCGAAGGAAUGAGCCUCCAACUGAGGAGGAAGUCAUGAAAAAUUAUGCUAUAAUGCAGAUCAAGAAAAAAAAUGCCAUUGAAGUGGAUAAGAAAGCUGGAGCAAUGACACCUUUGGAAAAGGGUUAUGAGACGUUCCCCAAAAGGCCUGAGUAUGAAACUGUACCUGGUAGACCAGUGAAAUGAAUCGACUUAGUUUAGGUUUGGGUGUUGUAUAUAGUUAUAAAUAAAUUAUUUAUUUAAAAA